AGACAAGAAGAGCAAGAGGCUCAGAUACAAAGAUCAGAACCUAUGAUGGAACCAGUUCCAGAACAACCUCAAGCUGAAGAGGGCAAUGGUCAAGGAGCUGCCAACCUUCGACCUAGACAACCACAACGCCAAGCUAGGGCCAUCGGUACAUAUGAUCAACCUAACAUAAAUGGGAAUAGGUUGGGCAUUAGGGCACCGCCAGUUGCCAACAACAAUUUCGAGAUCAAGUCCAGCCUCAUCAACAUGAUUGAAAACAACAAGUACCAUGGACUUGCCUUGGAAGACCCACUAGAUCACCUUGACAGAUUUGAUAAGUACUGUGGCUUGUCAAAAACAAAUGGAGUUUCAGAGGAUGCUUUCAAGCUCAGAUUGUUUCCCUUCUCUUUGGGAGACAAGGCUCACACUUGGGAGAAAAACAUCUCAAGUGAUACUAUCACCACUUGGGAUGAAUGCAAGAAGGCCUUCCUCAACAAGUUCUUCUCUGCUACAAGGACUGCCAACCUUAGAAAUCAGAUCUCUGGUUUUCAACAAAGAGGACUUGAAGGAUUUUCAGAGGCAUGGGAGAGAUUCAGAAGCUACUUGUCUCAAUGUCCCCACCAUGGCUUCAACAAUGAGAGCUUGCUAAGCACUUUCUACAGAGGAGUCUUGCCUAAAUUCAAAAGCCAGCUUGACACUGCAAGCAAUGGAAACUUCUUGGGGAGGACUGUCGAAGAUGCAUUAGAACUCUUGGAGAACAUGGCACAGAGUGACUCUGUCUACAAUGAUGAAUAUGAUAGAAGAGACAGAGGUGGUGGAGGAGAAGAUAUGACCACAAAGAGAGAGCUGAAAGCACUUCAAGACAAGAUUGACAUGCUACUAUCAGAAAAGACCAAGAAAGAGGAGUUACAUAUGGUUGCUGAAGUUGAUGGAGUAGAAUGCCAAGAAGAUAUGUACUAUGUCAAUGCUCAGGGUACAUGGUACAAGAAGGAGCCUGACUAUCAAUACCAGAACAACUACCAACAGAAACCCUUCUACAACAACCAACAGAAGCCAUUCAACAACUACCAGCCAAGACCAUUCUACAACAAUCAGCCUAAGCCAUUCUACAACAACAACCAAGGUGGUUACCAACCCAAACAGAACUUCCCUCCGGGAUUCUCACCAAAACCAAGUCAACCUGCACAAGACCAAGCUGGAUCAUCAACACAACCUCCACAAGAGAGUAGUACUGAAGCUAUGCUGAAACAAUUAUUGGAGGGACAAGCAAGAAGUGAGAAACAAUUAGGGUAUGAGCUGAAAAAUCUCCACAACAAGAUUGAUGGGAAUUACCAUGAUCUAAACAACAAGUUCAAAGCCUUGGAGAACCAGUUUGUCUCUAUGACAGCCAGCUCAAGUCGCCAACAAGGUUCCCUACCUGGAAAGCCUGAACAAAACCCAAAGGAGACAAUGAAGGCAAUCACCCUAAGGAGUGGAAGAGAGUUGCCUCCUAAAGUUCUCAUUAAGGAUAAUGAGAAACAAGGUGGGGAGGUGGUCAUCAAUGUAGAUGAUGAUGUGGUGAUUGUGGAUGAGAAGACUAAUGAGGAAAUCUUGGAGAAGAUAGUUGAAGCUAAGGGCAAGAGAAAGAUUGGAGAGGAGAAAGUUGAGAACAAAAAUGAGGCUGCUACAUCAACAAAAGAGAAAUUGUUCACUCCUCCUCCCUAUGAGCCAAAGCUUCCCUUUCCUGGAAGAUUCAAGAAGCAACUCCUAGAGAAGUACAAAGCCUUGUUUGACAAGCAAAUGAGUGAAGUUCAACUCACCAUGCCCAUAAUUGAUGCAUUUAUGCUGGUUCCACAAUACAGCAAGUUCUUGAAAGAUGCUGUAGAACAAAAGAAGAAAGAGAUGGAAGGGAUGGUGAUUCUUACUCAUGAGUGCAGUGCCAUUAUUCAGAGACUGACUGUCCCAAGGAAGCUAGAAGACCCUGGUAGUUUCACCCUGCCAUGCGCCAUUGGACCUUUGACAUUUGAGAGAUGUCUAUGUGAUUUGGGAGCAAGUGUCAGCCUCAUGCCACUAUCCAUUGCCAAGAAGCUUGGGUUUACACAAUAUAAAAAGUGCAAGAUCUCUUUGGUGCUAGCUGAUCGAUCUGUCAAGCUCCCCAUUGGCAUCCUAGAAGAUCUUCCUGUCAAGAUAGGAAAUUGUGAAGUGCCUACUGACUUUGUAGUGCUUGAGAUGGAUGAAGAGCCUAGAGAUCCUUUGAUCUUUGGAAGACCUUUCUUGGCAACUGCUGGAGCAAUGGUGAAUGUGAGAGAUGGCACAAUUGAUCUCCACCUUGGAAAAGAUCACAUUCUCCAUUUUGAUAUCAAGGAGAUGAUGAAGAAGCCCACAACUCAAGGAGAAAUAUUCUACAUUGAUGAGAUGGAUGCCUUGGCUGAUAAUUUCCUUGAGGAGUUAGCGAUUGAGGACUCUCUUCAACAUGCCCUGACCAUUGAAAGAGAGACCCAAAUGAUUGAAAACAAGGAUAGUGAUGAGCUAGUAAGAAGGCUAGAUGUUCACCUUGAGAAGGAUGGAGAAGAUGAGUUCAUGGAGUUGCCACAAAUGACUCAACAUGCUGCCUCAGCAGACAUUCAAGAGAACCUCCAUGAAGCUGAUUGGAGUGAGCUCAAGGCACCAAAAGUGGAGCUUAAACCUCUUCCCCAUGGUGUAAGGUACGCUUUCCUUGGACCUAAUGAGACAUAUCCUGUCAUUGUGAGUAGUGAGCUGACUGAGAAUGAAUUGUCUAUGCUUUUAAAUGAACUUAAAAAGUAUAGAAAAGCACUAGGAUACUCACUUGAUGACAUUAAAGGAAUCUCACCAUCUUUGUGCAUGCAUAGGAUACAUCUAGAGGAUGAAUCUAAAACUUCAAUUGAACACCAAAGAAGAUUAAAUCCUAAUUUGAAAGAUGUUGUUAAAAAAGAGAUAAUCAAAUUGUUAGAUGCUGGUGUGAUCUAUCCUAUCUCUGAUAGCAAUUGGGUUUCACCUGUGCAUGUAGUUCCUAAAAAAGGUGGCAUAACAGUUGUUAAGAACGAAAAUGAUGAGUUAAUACCAACAAGAACAAUAACUGGACAUAGGAUGUGCAUUGACUAUCGAAAACUGAAUGCAGCCUCUAGAAAGGAUCAUUUCCCUUUACCAUUCAUUGAUCAGAUGUUAGAGAGGCUAGCUAACCAUCCCUAUUAUUGUUUCCUUGAUGGAUACUCUGGAUUUUUCCAAAUCCCUAUACACCCAAAUGACCAAGAGAAAACGACAUUCACUUGUCCUUAUGGUACCUUUGCAUAUCGAAGGAUGCCAUUUGGACUGUGCAAUGCACCAGCAACAUUCCAAAGAGCAAUGAUGUCGAUUUUCUCUGAUCUUAUUGAGGAUGUAAUGGAGGUGUUUAUGGAUGAUUUUUCUGUAUACGGUUCUUCGUUUGCUACUUGUUUGUCAAAUUUGUGCAGGGUCCUACAGAGAUGUGAAGAUACCAACCUUGUGCUGAAUUGGGAGAAGUGCCACUUCAUGGUUAAAGAAGGGAUUGUGCUUGGGCACAAGAUUUCAGAGAGAGGCAUUGAAGUGGACCAAGCCAAGAUCGAGGUGAUGGCGAGGUUGGCUCCACCAAAAACAGUGAAAGACAUUAGAAGCUUCCUUGGCCAUGCUGGUUUCUACAGAAGGUUCAUCAAAGACUUCUCCAAAAUAGCUAGACCAUUGACCAAGCUGCUGUGCAAGGAGAUCAUCUUCAACUUUGAUGAAGAAUGCCUAGAAGCCUUUAAGAAGCUGAAGGAGGAGCUCACCAGUGCCCCAAUAGUUCAACCACCAGAUUGGAGUCUACCCUUCGAAAUCAUGUGCGACGCCAGUGACUAUGCUGUGGGGGCAGUCUUGGGGCAAAAGAAGGACAAGAAGACACAUGUGAUCUACUAUGCAAGUAGAACCCUUGAUGAAGCUCAAGCUAAAUACUCUACAACUGAGAAGGAGCUAUUGGCCAUUGUCUUUGCAUUUGAGAAGUUCAGAAGCUACUUGGUUGGGUCAAAGGUGACUGUCUACACUGAUCAUGCUGCAUUGAGACACCUCUUAGCCAAGAAAGAUGCAAAACCAAGACUGUUGAGGUGGAUUCUGCUGCUACAAGAGUUUGAUCUUGAGAUCAAGGACAGGCCUGGAGUUGAGAAUGGAGUAGCUGAUCACCUGUCCAGGUUGAAGGUGGAGUGUGGAAUCCCUAUUGAUGACAGACUUCCAGAAGAGCAAAUGAUGGCUAUUCAUGCAGUGGUAGCUGUUUGUGAGACAGGAAAGAAACUUGAAGAGGUGAAGGCAGCUGAUGAGAAGGGUCCUUGGUAUGCUGAUAUAGUCAACUACUUAGCUAGUGGAAAAGAGCCAUUGAACCUUGAAGGUUAUGCCAAGAAGAAGUUCUAUAAGGAUGUGAAGAGAUAUUAUUGGGAUGAGCCUUACCUCUACAUACUUUGUAGAGAUCAACUCUAUAGAAGGGCAGUGGCUGAAGAAGAAAUUGAUGGGAUCCUUACACAUUGUCAUGGAUCAUCCUAUGGAGGCCACUUUGCUACAUUUAAGACAGUUGCAAAGGUGCUACAAGCUGGAUUUUGGUGGCCUCACAUGUUUAAAGACACCCAAGACUUUGUCUCAAGGUGUGACUCUUGUCAAAGAAGAGGAAACAUCACCAAGAGGAAUGAAAUGCCUCAAAACCCCAUCCUAGAAGUUGAAGUGUUUGAUGUCUGGGGUAUUGACUUCAUGGGGCCUUUUCCUUCAUCUUAUAGCAACAAGUACAUACUGGUGGCUGUAGAUUAUGUCUCUAAGUGGGUUGAAGCAAUUGCAAGUCCAACCAAUGAUGCAAAGGUGGUUCUAAAAAUGUUCAAGAGCAUAAUCUUUCCAAGGUUUGGGAUUCCAAGAGUUGUGAUCAGUGAUGGAGGGUCUCACUUCAUCAACAAACUGUUUGCAAACCUCCUUAAGAAGAAUGGUGUGAAGCACAAGGUUGCAACUCCUUACCACCCCCAAACAAGUGGUCAGGUUGAGAUUUCCAACAGGGAGAUCAAGUCCAUUUUGGAGAAGACUGUGGGGACAACAAGGAAGGAUUGGUCUACAAAGCUUGAUGAUGCACUUUGGGCCUAUAGGACUGCUUUCAAGACACCCUUGGGAACCACUCCCUUCAAUCUUGUCUAUGGGAAAGCUUGCCAUCUGCCAGUGGAGCUUGAGUACAAGGCAUUAUGGGCUGUUAAGAUGCUGAACUUUGACAUCAAGAGUGCCAAAGAGAAAAGACUUUUCCAACUCCAUGAGCUUGAUGAGAUUCGACUUGAUGCUUUUGAGAACUCAAGAAUUUACAAAGAAAAGACCAAGGCAUUCCAUGACAAGAAGAUCCUGAAGAGGGAGUUCAACAUUGGAGAUCAAGUGUUGCUCUUCAACUCUCGAUUGAAGUUGUUCCCUGGAAAACUUAAGUCAAGAUGGUCCGGCCCUUUCAAGAUCAAAGAAGUGAGGCCAUAUGGAGCAAUUGUGCUUUGGAACAAGACUGGUGAGGAAUUUGCAGUGAAUGGGCAAAGAGUCAAGCUGUACAUGGCGGCCACACCUGAGAAGGAAGGAACCUCGGUUCCACUUUCCGAUCCCAAACCAGCCUAAACCAAAAAGGGGUAGUCAAGCUAGAGACUUAAAACAAGCUCACUUGGGAGGAAGUCCCAUGUCUAUCCCUAUAUAUAUUAUUGUUUUACUUGUGUGGUUUUUCUUUUGUGUGUUUGAUAAGUGUGUUUAAAAUUUUCAGGUGAUUCUCCACUUAAUCAAAGAGAAAGAUGGCCAUCCAGCAAAGCUACAAGUGUUAAAAUUAUUCAACUCCAUCUAGCAACUCCAAGCUAAGUGUCUCUACAACCAUUGUAAAUAUAUAGUUUUCUUGUUUGUUUCUUCUAGACCUCUUCUUUCACCUUGCUCUCACACAAGAGACUGUGUGAAGUAAGUGUGGGGGGAGAGUCUACUUAUCUCACAUGUUUUCUGUUUUGUUUACUUGUCAUAAGCAUUGCAUAUCCAUUUGCAUAGAAAAUCCAUAAAAAUUUGCAAAAUUCAAAAAAAAAAAAAAAAAAAAAAACAUUUAGUUAUAUCAUUUGCAUCUUUAGGUUUGAGUCUAGAUCAUAUAGAAUGCAUAGGUAAAAUCCCUACAAAGGACUCAUGCAAUGAACUCAUUGUUGAUACCCUUUUGAAUCAUAAUAAGUAGCUUGAGCUUCUUCUGAAUUUCUUGUAGACUUCGAGCCUUGAAAACUCCUCUUAAGACUCAUUGAAUCUUACUCUUUGAAACCAACUCCGAUCUUAAUUGACUAAAAUGAACUUAAUGCUUCUUGCUUAUGGUCUCUUGAGUACUAAAUCAUGGCUUUACACACACUUGAGCUUGUAUAAACCGUUUUACCAAUCUUUUUGACAACUCAAGUGGUAGUCCAUACCCUAAACACUUCCCUUCUUUCAAACCAUCAUUAAUUGUUGAGUGAGGUCUUUUUAUGAAAGCUUGUCAUGUGCAAAAUCUUGAGAGUAUUAGGAGCGACAUUGAUUUGUUCUCAUCACUUGCUAGCAUUAGGACCUCUUUUGGGCUAGAAUCUAGGAUGGUGGUUGGAAUGAUGUGCUUUAAUUAUUUUGAUCUUGAGGAUUGAUUUGGGAAAGAUUAUGUAAAGGAAAUGAAUCAAAAAAGUGUGUCUUAAAAAAAAAAAAAAAAAAUAAUAGCUCAGAUUGUGUCAAUAAAAACCCCAAAAAGAAAAGAAAAAAAGAAAAAAAUAAGAGAAUGGGAAUAACAAAUUUUUGAGCUAAGAUACAUAGUUGUUAAGACAAAGAAAAGAAAAGAAAAGAGUGUUCAUUGGGUAAGAGAUGAAAAUGGGUGUACAUUUGGGAUUUGAGAUGAAGAAAAGAAAGGGUAGAACUUAAAAAUUGUCUAGGAAAAGGGUACAAUGAUGAGAACCGAUUUAUGUAUGCAUUAAUUGCUCCUUUUCUUAGAUAAAUUUUGCAUAAUGAUCAAGCUCCUAUUCUUGAGUGUAAGUCACCAUAGCAAAAUGUAUUGGACCCUUCUCAUUCUUCACAUUAAGCCAUUUUUUCUCACCAAACCAAAUGAUUUGGACCAAUUGGCAAUUUGCGAGAAUUCACUUAUGAUAUUUCUUAUUGAAUGUGAGAGUUGGUUGAUUUGAGGAUUCAUGAUAAUGAGUUAAAAGAUCAAAGGAAUUGAUAGGCCUAGAGAAGUUAGAGCUAAUAAAAACAUCUUGCUCUUGCUAUUUGGUAUGAUUUUGUAAGGAUAUCACAACGAUGGCAUUGAAGAGUUUCUUAAGGUCAUGAAUUUCCAUUUGUGUAUUGAAACAUCACUUCCCAUGUUCUUGAAAGUUUACUUGAGGACAAGUAAAGGACUAGUGUGGGGGAGUUGAUGUGUUGUGAUUUUGCAUAGUUUUAGCUUUGUUAUUUCAUAUAUAUUCAUGCAUUAACCUUACAUUUAUUUGCAUUUAGAGUCUAUUGCAUGUACAUUUGCAUCUUGUAGGUGUUGGAUGAAUUGUUUGGAGUUUUGGAGGUGAUUAGAGCACAAAAGGAGCUUUCGAGGAGUCUUGAACCGAACGUGUGAAAGACAAGCAUGGAUGAAGGUCUUAAAGAUAUCUUUUGAAACUUGUCUUUUGGGAAGACAUGGUAAAUUGAGUUAGCUUUACAAUGGAGGUGGUUUCAAGUCGUUUGGAGCUGUAUUGAGGGAUUUAUGAUCAAAAUACUACACACAUAUCAGUAUGACAUUCCUAGCGGCCACCCUAGCAACAUCAACAAUAGCCUUCGAAUUUUAAGCCUUUAGACUCAUUUUUAUUCACUUAAAACCUAUAAAACUCAUUACUAUUCAUUAUUCUUCUUAUUUUUGGUAUUCUAAAGGUGUGUGCAACAUGGAGAAAGUGGAGAAAACUUUAAUGAGUGAGUUUUAUCUCUUUAAAGCUUGCAACAUGGGGGAUGGGUUGUCUAUCAUGAGUUUGGUGGCUCUUUUGGCCUAACUUUCUCUACCUUUUCUGAAGAGGCAAGACUACUUUGGCCAUAUGAAGGGGCAAAAGGUGUUCUAUAAUGGAAGAAAGUGGAGAAUAACUUUUAUGAGUGUGUUUUAUGCUUUAUGCUUUCACAUGAUGGAUGUGUUGUCAUCCUCCUUUACUUAGGCUAUAAAAGAGACUGCAAGGGGAAGGAGGAAGACACACAAUACACAGAGUACAAUACAACAAAGAGUAGAGAGUGAAAGUUUUAUAGUUUCAUAUUUUGUAUUUUGAGAGUUUGAGAGAAAACAUUUGUUCUUGAGCUGUUCUUCAUUGUUCAUCAUCUAUUCUUGAGUUUUAAUUUC